ACUUCUAUGCUGUGAAUCAUAACUAUGGCACAAGACUGUCUCUUCUCACAAAGGAUUCUGGGAAUGAUAUCAUUGCUGCAGCAUCUGCAGUAUCAGUGGGGUCUUACAAGCUCACUUGAAGUUGCUUUGUGAAGAAAAUGUAGAAGAAAAAUGUACUGGACAAAAAUGCAGAAGAAAAAUGUAACGGCAAGGUGAGUCCAGCAACACGACGAUUUUCUAAAAAUGGGUUGUAUUUUGUGGUUAGGCAAAAGGGUAAAUUUGGGUUUUUGAAAAAAUUGUAAGGGUAUUAUAGGAUAUGGGAGAAAGUUUCUAAUAGCAUUCGCAUUGCGUUUUCGUAUUGGACCUCCGAGAGUCCAAUGUGAAAACGUGGGUUUUCACGUGUUGGGCUGAAAAUGUAGUGUGUACGUUCAGAUAUCGAUUAUAUGGUGAAAAUGUUUUUUUUUUUUUGGAAACAUUAUAUGGUGGAAAAUUAAAUAUUUAUUGUUAAAAUAUGAAUAUUCCUGCAUCAAUUAUGGGUAAAAUAUUGAGUGUGAACGAGCGCAUGUGAAUGAAUAUUUUUCCAUUAAAAAGGGCCACGUAAAGCAGUCAACGGUCAGCUGCCACAAACUUCAAGUGUCAGCCGCCCCAAACUUCAAACAAGUGACAGUCGACAUUGACAAUGGCAAAUAAGAAGUGUAGAGUAGUCCCCUCUAGCUACCAAUUUGCAAAGGUUUGACAAUGGCAAACCAGAAGCCCCUCCUCUCUAAAUUCCUAUCCUUUCUCUUGCUUAGCCUCAGCCUCAGCCUCAGCCUCUGGGGUCAGCCGCCUUUGGUGAUGGCAAAGGAGGUCAUACCAAUAGGAGUUGUUCUUGAUUUGAAGUCCCCAGUUGGAAGAGUGGCAGAGAGCUAUAUGUCCAUGGCGCUCUCAGACUUCUAUGCUGUGAAUCAUAACUAUAGCACAAGACUGUCUCUCCUCAUAAAGGAUUCUGGCAAUGAUAUCAUUGCUGCAGCAUCUGCAGCAUUGGAUUUAAUAAAGAAUGAAGAAGUUCAGGCUAUUAUAGGACCUCAAAAGUCUGCACAAGCAAGGUUUGUGACAGAACUUAGCCGCAUAUCUCAGGUUCCCAUAAUGUCCUUUUCAGCCACAAGUCCCUCUCUUUCUCCAUCCCAAAACCCAUUUUUCAUACGUACAACCCAAGAUGACUCUGCACAGGUUAAAACCAUAGCAGACAUUGUUAAGGCCUUUGGUUGGCGGGAGAUUGUCCCUAUCUAUGAAGACACAGAGUAUGGGAAUGGUUUAAUUCCCUAUUUAAUGGAUGCGUUACAAGAGAUUGACACACGGGUACCAUACAGAAGUGUCAUUCCUCCAUCUUCUAAUAAUACUGAAAUCAGAGAAGAGCUUAACAAGUUAAAGGCAAAUCAUACAAGAAUAUUUCUCGUGCACAUGACUGCUUCACUUGGCUCCAAGUUCUUUGUACAGGCAAAGAAUGCAGAAAUGAUGAGCGAAGGGUAUGCAUGGAUCCUCACAGCAGGGUUGUCAUCUUUGCUUGAUCCUAUAAGCUCAAAGGUCAUGGACUCAAUGCAAGGUGUAUUAGGAGUAAGGCCAUACUUACCCCCAUCUAAACAUCUUAAAGAUUUUGAAAGAAAAUGGAAGAGAAAUUUAACCUCAAUCAAAACAAGGAGCAAGACUACUACUAGCUUAAACCUCUUUGGAUUAUGGGCAUAUGAUACAGUUUGGGCAUUGGCUAUGGCAGUGGAAAAGGCUGGCAUAGUGCAUUCUAGCUUCUUGAAGCAAAAUGCUAGCAGCAGUAAUGUUGAUCUUGCAGCCUUAGGCAUUUUUGAAAUGGGUACAAGGCUUCACAAUACAAUUCUAACAACUAAAUUUCAAGGCCUAAGUGGGAAUUUUCAUUUGGUUAAGGGACAGCUAGAGCCUUCAGCCUUUGAACUGUUCAAUAUAAUAGGAAAAACUGAGAUUAUUAUUGGAUAUUGGACUCGACAGAGAGGGUUUUCAAAAGAUUUGAAUGAUAAUGGUGAAGAGGCAUACUCAACUUCAAAGGAGAGACUUAAACCACUGAUCUGGCCAGGAUACACAACAGAUCAGCCUACAAAGUUAAGGAUUGGGGUUCCAGUGAGAAAAACUUUUCAAGAAAUCUUGAAAGUAGAAUGGGAUUCUCCUACUGAUAAGCCUAUCAUAUCAGGGUUCUCUAUUGAUGUGUUCCUUGCUGUACAACGUGAAUUACCCUUUCCCCUUCCUUACGAAUUUAUACCCUACAUGAAUAAAGAUAAGCAGAGUAAUGGGACAUACGAUGAACUUCUUUACCAAAUUAAAACUCAGAAGUACGACGCAGUUGUUGGAGACAUAACAAUCCUAGCUAGUCGUGCCUUGUAUGUUGAUUUCACUUUGCCAUAUACAGAAGCAGGAGUGUCAAUGGUAGUUCUAGUGAAAGAUGAUGAAAGCAAGAACUUGUGGAUCUUCUUAAAGCCACUAAGCUUGAAUUUAUGGUUAACAACUGGUGCAACAUUCAUUUUUACAGGUUUUGUAGUAUGGGUUCUUGAACAUCGUGUAAACACGGAGUUUAGAGGCCCUCCAAAGCAACAACUUGGCUUGAUUUUCUGGUUCUCCUUCUCAACACUUGCCUUUGCUCAUAGGGAGAAAGUCGUAAAUAAUUGGUCAAGAUUUGUGCUAAUCAUAUGGAUUUUCUUGGUACUCAUCCUAACUCAAAGUUAUACUGCAAGCUUAACCUCAAUGUUGACAGUACAGAGAUUGCAGCCUACAUUUGUGGAUGUUAAAGAGAUUAAAAAGAAUGGUUAUUUUGUUGGAUAUCCAAAGAAUUCCUUUCUUAAAGGGAUUCUAAUAAAACAAUUAGGUUUCCAUGAGUCCAAGUUGAAGCCAUAUGAAACCCAUGAGGAGUACCACGAAGCACUGUCAAAUGGAACCCACUAUGGUGGUGUUGCAGCUAUUUUUGAUGAAAUUCCCUAUUUGAAGUUGUUCCUUGCAAAGUAUUGCUCUAAGUAUACCAUGGUUGGACCCAUCUACAAAACUGAUGGAUUUGGCUUUGCCUUUCGACAACGAUCUCCUUUAGUCCCUUACAUUUCGAAGGCAAUUUUUAAUGUCACUCAAGAUAAAGAUAAAAUUGAAGCUAUUGAGAAGAAGUACUUUUCAAGUCAAACUGCUUGUGAAGGUCAGAGCACCACAAUCUCUUCAUAUAGUCAAAGUCUUGGCGUGGAUAGCUUUGGGGGCCUUUUCCUCAUCACAGGAAUCACUUCUAUAGUUUCACUCUUGAUUAAUGUGUUUAACUUCAUUUACUCACACUGGCCAGUUUCAAAUGACAACAAUAGUACUGGCAACUCCUUUUGGUCCAAAAUAGUUGAAAUGGCAAAACAUUUUGACCAAAAAGAUCUCUCACACGACUUCAAAAGAGAAGAAUCAAGGUUUCAUGCCGUAGUCAAUCCUAACGUUUUGGACCCUUCGCCUAGACCUAGUAUUGAUGAGAUGCAGAGCCACUCAAGGAAUUCCAUUGAAGGAACAGAUGGUGUGGUUAUACACGAUGACAACAGAAGUCUUUCUUCAAGCUCAAAGGCAUGAAGAUGCAUCUAUGCAGGAUGUACACAAUUCAUCAUAGACAUGGUUUUCUACCCUAAUAUUUAAGAUAAUCUCAUUCCCCUAAGUUUGUUUAAUCAUUUAUCACCUGAAAAUAGAAGUUUAUUCUUAUCACUCAUGAUUGCAUUGAAUGGUUAUUUUUCUCUA